UGGGGGUGAAGGGAAGAAAGAGUAAAAGAAGAGGACAGAGAGAGAGUUGGGGGGUUGGGGAUUUCCAUGUUUAGACCUGGCCGACUCCUCAUACAUAAACACUGCUGACUGGUCACAGGCAGUCAGAGUCCUACUGUAUACAGGCUCUGUAUACUCAGUCAUGGAGAGGAAUAUGUGCUCAGCUCAGACUUCUGUACAGUUGGCUCAAAAAACCAGUAAACCUGGGACAUCCAAUGGACUUGAUAAGCUGAAUCGUUUGGAACAGCUAGAGCCAGAGGAGUCACUGGACAGAGAGGACCCCCGAGAAUACUGCCAUGGGGGGUACCACCCUGUUCACAUUGGAGAAACCUUCAACAGGAGAUACCAGGUUCUGUCUAAGUUGGGCUGGGGAUACUUCUCCACUGUAUGGCUCUGCUUGGACCUCAGGUUCAUUCACUAUGUUGCUGUAUUGGGCAGGCGAGUGGCCGUGAAGGUUUUGAAGAGUGGAGAAGGAUUCACACAGGCUGGGCAAGACGAAUUGACUCUGCUACGCUGUGCCAGUGGUCCCACUGCUCGUCACCUCCCAAGCCGGAGGAUAGUCCAAUUGCUGGAUGAGUUUAAGAUAGCUGGGGUCAACGGGGUUCAUGUAUGCCUAGUGCUGGAGCUGCUGGGACCAGACCUCCGCUGUUGGCAAGUCUGUUUUGGAAACCCAGGGCUAUCGCUGUCUUGGGUCAAACAGGUCAUUGCUCAGGUUCUUCAGGCAUUGGACUACCUGCACACUCAAUGUAAAAUCAUCCACACAGACAUCAAGCCUGAGAAUAUACUGUUAUGUUUGGAGGAGCAGAACCCAAAACAGACAGCAGGGGGCAGUGCCUGUCUAUACCCUGGGAAAGAUGCCAAGUCAAUGAGCACAGCAGAGAAGGACCUGGUCACUCCCAUCAGUCUGAAGAAAAUCACAGUAAAGAUUGCUGACCUGGGAAGCUCCUGUUGGGUGUACAAACAUUUCUGUGAGGAGAUUCAGACCCGUCAGUACCGCUCACUAGAGGUUCUAUUGGGCUCUGACUACGGCCCACCAGCAGACAUCUGGAGUGUAGCCUGCAUGGCUUUUGAGUUGGUAACUGGGGAUUCGUUAUUUGAGCCUAAAGCUGGGAAGACCUUUUCUUUAGAGGAAGACCACAUCGCUCACAUAAUAGAGCUCCUUGGUAAAGUCCCUGCAGCAGUAGCCUUGUCUGGCAAGUAUUCCAUGGAGUACUUCAAUAGCAAAGGUGACAUGCGUCAUAUUGGAGUGCUGCGGCCCUGGGGUCUAUAUGAGGUGUUGGUGGAGAAGUACCACUUCAUGCUGAAGGAGGCCUCUCUGUUCUCUGACUUCCUGUUGCAUAUGUUGGACUUCCAGCCGGAGAGGAGGGCCAGUGCUGCCCAGUGUCUCCUGCACCCAUGGCUUAGCUCCUGAACCCUGGCCCUGGAGCCAACUUGAUACCAAGCUAGUAGAUAAAUGUGUUAUGCAGAGACUAACACAGUGGUGCUGAGUCACUAAGACUACGGGAAAGAUAUACAGUAUACAUUUUGCCAAUUGGCUCGAUGCCAAUGUUCCGGGUGAAAUGUACUAUUUUAUGUUCAUACAUUAAGUAAGACUAGAUUUGUCUCUUCUGAUAAAUGUAUGGGGCAUUUGAUUAUCUGUAGUGUAAUGAAUGUAUGAAGUACAAACUUAUAUAAGUGUUGUGUGAUUUAAUGAAAUGUAGUACUUGUGCUCAAGACUUUC